GAAGAACUAACACAGAUUUUCAUGUUGACUGAUUUGAGGUGGGGAUACCAGCCACAAUGAGGAACUCCUAUACAUUUCUGGCAUCCUCUCUCUUGAUUGCCAUUUUUCUCCUGCUAAUUCCUGGAGAUUUCUGUGUAAAAAUUAUUGGAGGAAAUCAAGUGACUCCUCAUUCAAGACCCUACAUGGUGCUACUUAAAGGAGAAAGUAUCUGUGCCGGAGCUCUGAUUGAAAAAAACUGGGUAUUGACUGCAGCUCACUGUGUCCUGAACAGAACGUCCCAGGUCAUUCUUGGAGCUCACUCAAUAACCAAGAACGAGCCAGAAAAGCAGAUAAUGUUUGUUAAGAAACAAUAUCCCUAUCCGUGCUUUGACCAGGACACGCAUGAAGGUGAUCUUAAACUUUUACAGCUGACCAAAAAGGCAAAAAUUAAUAAAAAUGUGAGUACCCUCCGUCUUCCUAAAAAGGGGGAUGAUGUGAAACCAGGAACCAUGUGCCAAGUUGCAGGCUGGGGGAAAAUUCAUAAUAACUCACCUCAGUCGGAUACUCUGAGAGAAGUCAAUAUCACCGUCAUAAACAGAAGAAUCUGCAAUGAUCAAAAGCACUAUGAUUAUCAUCCUGUGAUUGGACUGAAUAUGAUUUGUGCUGGCAGCCUCAAGGGUGGAAAAGACUCGUGCAAUGGAGAUUCUGGAAGCCCUUUGAUAUGUGAGGGUACUUAUAGAGGCAUUACUGCCUUUGGCCUUCCAGGGAAAUGCGGAGACCCUCGAGGACCUGGCAUCUAUACUCUUCUCUCACAGAAGUAUCUCAACUGGAUAAAUAAGACUAUGAAGGGGCAGUUUAGAUAACUGUAUUUCAUUUCAUUUGCCAUCACUUGUUAAUGUUAUCAUAAAUAAAAUCAAUUUGUGUAACUGUA